AGGGAGGGAGAGGAGGGAGGAAAGAAGAAGCAGGUUAUUUAUAACGCCAGCAGCGUUAGGGUCUCUUCCAGUCUCUCCUGCAAACUGCCUGCUGCCGGGAGGUCACUCCCCCAAAAACACCCUGCCCUGACCACAAGCACAAUAUUUGAGUUGGGAUCGAGGGCAGGCACCAGCCUUUGCGAAGGGGGAGACACAUCCCAUGCUGCUGGACAGCCCGGCCAUCCCGCAGCAGAGCAGCGAGGCGUUGGAACAGCGGCUCUCACCUCGGUCCCUCCAGCACCAGCACCAUGCACUGGGCCCCCAUCCUCAUCCUCGCUGGGCUCUGUGGAGCCUCCCUGGGCCAGUACAAUGAAGAAGAAGACAUGGCUUGGUUGCAGUACUACAUGCGGCAGUCCCGGAUGUCCUCCUAUAACUACGUGCCCUACUAUGAGGAUGAGAACACCCCUUAUGUGUACUCCUACCUGCCAGCUCCGGACACGGAGGCAGAGCCCGGGCCUGAACCACAGCAAGCAUCUUCCUGGCAGUGUCCCCAAGAGUGCGAUUGUCCCCCCAACUUCUCCUCAGCCAUGUACUGCGACACCCGGAACCUGAGGUACCUGCCCUUCGUGCCCUCCCGCAUGAAGUACGUCUACUUCCAGAACAACCUCAUCACCGCCAUCCAAGAGGGAGCCUUCGACAACGCCACGGAGCUGGAGUGGUUGGCGCUGCACAACAACCGCAUCUCCAGCGAGAAGAUGGGCAAGAGGGUGUUUGCCAAGCUCAAAAGCCUGGAGAGGCUCUACAUGAACAACAACAACCUGACCAAGAUGCCCAGCCCCUUGCCCCGGUCCCUCAGGGAGCUGCACUUGUCUUACAAUCAGAUCUCCAAGGUGCCCUCCAAUGCCCUGGAGGGACUGGAGAACCUCACGGCCCUGUACCUCAGCCACAACUACAUCUUUGAGAUGGGAGCAUCCCUCAAAGGGCUCAAGUCCUUGAUCCUCGCUGACCUGAGCUACAACCACCUCAGGAAAGUCCCCGACGGGCUCCCGAUGGCUUUGGAACAGUUCUACUUAGAGUACAACUACAUCAACACCAUCCCCGAUGACUAUUUCAAGGUCUCUCCCAAGCUGCUCUAUGUACGGAUGUCCCACAACAGCCUGACAAACCAAGGUCUCUCCACCAACACGUUCAACAGCAGCAGCAUCCUGGAGCUGGAUCUCUCUUACAACAGGCUCCAGAAGAUCCCCCGGGUCAGCACCAACCUCGAGAACCUUUACCUGCAAGGGAACCAAAUCAACGAGUUCUCCAUCAGCAGCUUCUGCACCGUGGUGGAUGUCAUGAACUACUCCAGGCUCCAGGUCCUGCGGCUGGAUGGGAACGAGAUCAAGCGGAACGCGGUGCCCCCCGACGCGCCCUUGUGCCUGCGCCGAGCCACCAUCAUCGAGAUCUAACCCGGCCCCGGGCACCUCCCCAGCUCAGGACUUGGCUCCCCCCCUUCCCGGGAGAUCCUCACCCCUGUUCAAUGCAGCUUGACACGGUUUGACUUGGCUUCCGCAGCAGCACAGUCCGGGUGCUCCAACACCAGCUCACAGGAGCUCUUGUCCCCCAUCUGCUCCCUCUUCCCAGCUCUCUGGCCACACAGAGUGGGACAUUUCCCCUCUGACCCCCCCAAAAGUGAUGCACCCAUUCAC